AAGCGCUUCUUCUCCUUCUUGUUGGGCUUUCAAUUCCACUCUCGCCACUCCCGGCGAGCGGGCCUACUGAGAACAACCAACAACCCUUAAUUGGGCCUGUUCUUAAUUUCUACGCUAGAGUGAGUUGGGCCUGUUCCCUAGCAGAGCAACGAACAGAAAAAAGAAAGGAAAGAAAAAGGGGGAAAAACUCGAAAGAAACAGAGCAGCAGCCCAUUCCCUCCCUCCCUCCCUCCCUCCGCUUCAAUUUCAGUUUCGGUAGAGCGGAGAGAAGAGGGGAAUUUUUGCUUACAAUUGAAGAAGAUGCCUGUCAAGAGAGAACCCUGUAGAAACUUUCAGCGGGGAAGCUGUCAGUACGGGGAAAGAUGCAAAUUUCUUCACGUAGUCCAGCAACAGGCAAAACCCAGUAACCCCUUUGGAUUUGGCUCUGGCCAGCAACAACAUCAGCAGCAGCAGCAGAAGCCGAACCCUUUUGGGUUUGGAGCGCAGAGCUCCAAUCAGUCAAGAGGGCCUGGCGGGUUUGGUACCACACAGCAGCAAUUCAAGCCUUUUGAGAAUAAAUGGAGUCGUUCAGAGAAUGGAGCUGGCCCUGGUGCAUCUACGACGAAACAGCAGGCUGAUAACAAGGGUCAGGCAGCUAAUCAUACGUGCACUGACCCUGAAUCCUGCAAACGUAUGAUUGCUGAAGACUUUGAGCAGGAGAGGCCAAUUUGGAAGCUCACUUGCUACAGUCAUUCCAGGAAUGGUCCCUGUGACAUUGUUGGUGACAUUAGCUAUGAAGAACUCCGAGCAGUUGCCUACGACGAUGCCAAGAGAGGGAUGAAUUUGCAAUCAAUUGUUGAAAGGGAGAGAAAUCUAUCAAACUCUAAAUUGGCUGAGUUUCAGAACCUUAUCCGCAAUCCUUAUGUACCACCUCAAGGAUCUGCUUUUGCCUCUCAGAGUCCAUUUCCUGGACAAGCUAGCAACGGGUUUUCGCCUACUGGUCCGAGCAGUGCUCCUCCACAAGUGUCUAGCUUCAGCCAGCUGGGUCCAUCUCUUAAUAUGGGGUUUGCCGCAAGGCCCACAGGACAAGUACCAAACAAUAUCACCAACCAACCAAAUCUUUUCUCAAGUUCUGUUCAGGCAUCAAACCCCUUUGGAGUGAGGCCCCCUUCACAAGUGAAUAAUCCUUUUGGCCAGCCAAAUAGUUCCCCCUUUACACAGAAUUCAGGAGCAGUCGUGGCGAAUAACAUUCCUACUGCAAAUAGUCCAUUUGGAGUCCAAAAUUCCAAUCAGCAGCAUCAGCAAGGAAGUUCAUUUCCCUCAAACACGACAGGGUUUCCCGCCAGUGCCAGUGGCAAUCCAUUUUCUUCCUUUGCAGCAUCACCACAAAAUUUUCAGUCAUUUACUCCGCAGAGUCCUAAUAGUUUGAAUUCCGUAGCACCAUCUGCAAAUAUUCAGUCAGUAAAUAGUAGUGGUCCAAAUAAUACCGCUUCUUCGGGGGAUAUGAGCAUCUGGUCAAAAACAUGGUCUCCUGGAGAGAUUCCAGAAGAAGCACCUCCGCCCGAGUAUGCUUACUGAUCAACACACACGGGUAUUAAACUUAAGCUGUAUUGGCACAAACUGCUCAAUCGCCUUUCACUUUCGAAACUGGAUAGAAUGCACACUUCAAGAUAGAACAUGAUUCGGUUUGAUAGAAGUCUGUUCAUGUUAAGGCUUUUGGUGAAUCUGGGAAUUCUGCUGUGUUUUUGUUAUGUAUGAGAAGUGAGAACUGAGAAGAGCUUCAUAGCUUCUAGCUGUUAUAUACUAUAGUGUAGAGAGAAGAGACAAAGGAUUGUAGCAGAAGAUGUUCUGAAAUUUAAUUUUAGUUCAUCCAUGAUCCAAGGUACCAAAAUGGGAUGAAGCUGGAAAUUGAUGGUGUGGCCCCCAAAAAUUAUGGGGGGAAAAGUGAUAUAAUAAUGAUAUGCUGGAAAGAAGAAAGGAGAAGGAAAGGGGAAGAAGAGGUUGCCACCCUGUGCUAACCUGGAGCAGGUGAUCUGUAGGGAGGGAUGAGAGGAAGGAAAGAAUAUGGAGAAAAUAAUUAUUAAACAACUGGGCUAACAAGGUCUGUGAUUUAUGCAUUUUUUUCUCAAUGUCUACAAGGAGGCGAAUGUUGUCGCCGACUAUCUAGCCAACAUACGUAAGUUCCUUUCGAUAUGUUCUCGUAGUUUUGUAGCACCCGACGAUAUGCUUUCUUAAUUCUUACUGGUUGUAUCAUGACGUUCUUAAGAUUCGAACUAUCCAUUUUGUUGUUGAAUUAAGGUUGGGUGUCCUGUAUGCGCUUCUUUUCUUAAAAAAAAAAGAAAGUCGAAGAAAAAACUGGGUUGCUUGUGCAAAAUGCAAUACAGCAGUGUUUACUUACUAGCAGAGCAGGAUUCACGCCAGCUGCUUGUUUGGCAGCAGAGAAGAAGACAGCGAUAUGUAACAUUCCCUCUCCUUUUUUUUCCUGUUACGCGUUUUCCCUUCUGUGAUCCUUUUUUCCAAUUUGUGGGCGAAAGGGAAGUUCGUUUGCUGGAGAUGGAAAAGAGAAGACGACCUUUUUCCCAUUACCCUUUUUUAUUUUCCGGGUUCUAGUUUUUGGGUUGUAAAACUUAUUAAGAAAAAGAACUAGAUUCUGAUGAAUUUGCAAGGAAAAGGAAACGCAUAAUCAAUGGGCCUUGUUUGCUUAAUGCAUGUAGCUAGUUGUUCGAUUAGAUGAACUUAGUUAUCGAAUAGUGUGUAUUAUAACUGAUCGAAAAUGAGCUCGAGAAGUUUCGUGGUGAAUGAUCCAGCAAUGAGCAUGCAUCAUCGAACCGAUAAAAGAACCUUUUUAAGAGUUGAGUGUCGAGAACAAGUUGGUUUUCAAUAACUCAAAUUGUUGGGAGAGCCUCGUCAAACGAAAGCCAAAUUACAUGACCUGAAGUUCUUACAAGUCCGAAUACCAUAUGAUUAACAAAUGGGGUCGUCGGAAUUUGAACACAAGAUCUCUCUCCCAUUGAAGGCUUCGAUACCCGAUGUCAAGGAUCAUUAAAUUAUGGGACCUCCUACAGUAACUUGGGUAUAAUUUCAAGUUAGCUAACUUGUAUAGAUUUAAACCGUUAAAAUCGAUCAAACUUAAUGUAAACCAUUGAUUAAAGAAAUAAAAUAAAAUAAGUAAAUAAGCAACGACAACAAGGGGUGCCAGUCACCACAUCCUCAAUUUACCUGUUUUAUUUUUUUCUUUCCUUUUUCACAUUUGGUUGGUUUCCUUAUUCUAUCCUUUCCUUUUUUUAAUUCUUAUGGAAUUAGAAGCGUUACGUAAGACUUCCGUAAUAACUUAGCUCUUUACGUAACAGGACGUUAAUACUCAUUACGUAAAGAGACCUUCCAUUACGUAAGGCUUCCGUAAUGAUAUUUUACAACUGUUACAUAAAAUACACAUUCAUUACGUAAAGGUUACGAAACCAUAGUUAUUUCUUAAGUAACGAUUAAAUUAGAAGUGUUACG